UCCCAAUCGGAGCCGAAACGAAACCCCUUUUGGCGGGAACUGUAGUCUGUACACAGAGAGAGAGAGAGAGAGAGAGAGAGAGAGAGUGGGAGGAGUAGCAGGAGCCAGAAGCGGGAAUGGGGUCUGGAGGAGAGCUGCCGCCAUGGGCAUUGAAACCUUGUAUAAUGGGUAUUGACGAAGCGGGUCGGGGCCCCGUUUUAGGACCAAUGGUGUACGGCUGCUUAUAUUGCGCGCGAUCUUACCAGAAGACCCUUUCAACUUUAAACUUUGCUGACUCUAAAACUUUGAAAGAAGAGAAGAGGGAAGAGUUAUUUGAAGAACUGAAGACUAAUGGUUCAAUAGGAUGGGCUGUUGAUGUCAUAGAUCCUAGAGAUCUAUCUGCCAAAAUGUUGAAGAAGAAUAAAAUAAACCUUAAUGAGAUAUCGCAUGAAUCUGCCAUGGGCCUGGUCAGGAGGGCAUUGGACAUGGGUGUUUUAUUAUCAGAGGUCUAUGUGGAUACCGUCGGUGAUCCUGACAAAUAUAGAUUAAAACUCUCUGAAAGAUUUCCAAGUAUCAAAUUUGUGGUUGCUAAAAAGGCUGAUAGUCUUUACCCUGUUGUAAGUGGAGCAAGUAUAGUUGCAAAGGUUACUAGGGAUAGAGCCUUGCGAGACUGGGUGUUUGAUGAGACUGCUGAAAACAUGAAUAGGGUAUUUGGAUCAGGAUACCCCGGAGAUCCCGACACGAAGGCUUGGCUAGAUCAUCACAAACAUCUAGUAUUUGGGUUUCCAUCACUCGUCCGCUUCAGUUGGGGCACAUGUAAUUCAUACUCCAAAGACACUGUUGAGGUCUUAUGGGAAUCUGAUGCAAAUGAUGAAGAUGAAAGCAGCAGCGCAAAAUCCAGCAAGCGGCAGAUAAAGCUAACGAGCAUUGGUUUCAGCGGCGUGAAGAGGAAAAGCGAGGACAUUGAAUCCAGCGGUAAAGGUCGCUGCAAAUUCUUCCAAUCUCGUAAGCUUGAACUACUCCCGAAUUUCUAAAUUCAAACACCAUUUCAACAGAUCGAACAUUGUUGUUUCAACCUUUACACAGUACUUGAUAUUAUCAUUAACUGUUAUGUAGAAUUGUAGAAUUGAAUCAAUUGAUCAGAUAUGUAUUAAUUAAACCCUUGAAUUUGUUGUUGCUAAAUAGUGUGUGAAUCGUAUUCAAGUUUUGGUCU